UUUUCCUUCAGUUGCUCGGUAGACACCAUCGUCGAGCAUUGAAAUUUGUAUUUAAUUCGUUGUUCUGUAUGUGACGGUUGCUCGGAUUAAAAUAGGGUGAACUAAAACAACUAAACGAUUUUUUUUAUUACUGAAAUUUCGGUGUUACAGAAGAACAUUCUGAAAUUUAUUUUUGUGUAGUCUGAAGCGGUGUUUUAUGUGGUUUUAUUUUCAAACUUGGAACGGAAAAACACGAUUUUCGAAGACAAGUGUCAUGUAGAAAACGUUUAAGAUUUCAUUUGAUAUUUUGUUGUUGAUUGCCGAUGAAAAGAAAAGGUUUCAAGUACGAACCUAAGGAAGUUUAUGUUUACUUAUGAAACGAUGAAGAAUCGAUUUUCAGUUCGACAAAAGUAAUCAAAUUCCAUACACAACACAAAAAAAAACGAGAACCAAAGGAAUAUGAAUGUUAAAACAAACAAAUAAAAUUAACAGCAGUGAGUCAAAGUGCAACGUAUAAAAUAAAAUCCAGACAGAAAAGACUUCAACGUCAUAAGAAUUUAUUAUUUUAUUUUCAAGAGUAAGACGGUUUCGUGAAGUCUUGUUGAUAAGUAUCGGAAAAAAAUAUAAUUUAAAAAGGAAAGAAGAAAUAAAAAAAAAACGAAACAUAAGCAUUAAUCAUUCCAAUAUCAAAGGUUAGCGCAAUUGAGAAUAUUUGUUGCUUUGUGAAAGUGCUAUUGAUAAAUUUACCUACUAUACGAUUAUAUACAUAGUACACAUAUGUACUGAGUCGUAAUGGUGUUUCGUGUGAAGUAAAGUGCGGUGAUAACGAUUUAUUACUACUAUGUAUGCUCUAAAGAAUAUGCGACUAAGUCUUUUUUUUUAAAUAAUUAUCAUAUCAUUGUCUGCGACUGUUCGGUGUAAUCAAAUAUCAAGUCUCGACUUGCGUACUAAAAAUUCAAUUCAUACACUCGUACUUACAUACGUAUAUAUAUAUAACACACUGAUGGUUUUUGGAACUGUGUUGAGCUGUUAUUGUGAGCUUGAAAAUUUUUUUGUGUUUCCAGACAAGAACUGCUGCUGAUAACAAACAACGACUCGGAGUUUAGAUCAGCUACAUUUUGAACUGUGACAGAAAACCUAACGCACGAUUUUGCACCAUUAAAGCCUUAUAGGCUUUGGGGCUUUACAACUAUCAACUAUUGAAGAAGAAAGUAGUCCUCCAUACGCGCAGCCGAAACAACUAGUACCCAUGUUAUCAGUGCAAUCACCGAGCUACGCGGGAAUGGAGCGACUCGGCGUUCCAGUCCGCACAUCAAUUGGGUCUUCAGCAGAUGACAGAAGUCACAUCGGCCGUCGAUUACGUAUGGAUUCUCUGCAAUCUGAAGAUCUACUAACUGAUCAUCAUGCAAUAGGUGCAUCAAAUCAUUUGUAUCAUCAUGUGCAAAGCGACGUUAUAAGAUGUCCACAUCAUGUUGCAUUACCGGACAGUGAGCGUGGUACGGAUAGAGAUGUACAUAGUCGGACGUCGUUUCAGCAAAUGGAACUGACUCGACCAUACAUAAAGGCACCGCCCAACAAGACGGCACUAGAUGUUCCAGAACUUUCAUACAAUAUAUUUCCACAUCCAUCAUGCAAUCUCAAUAAUCAACAGCGAAUCACAACCACCACUAAAUCAAAACCGAAUCCUAUAGCAAAAUUUUUUCUUCGCAUUAGUUCCAAAACUGCAGAAACUACGUCGUGCAGUCCUGCGCCAACGACAACCACAAACAGCACAACGUUAGCUCAUCAUCAUCAUCAUCAUCAUCAUCCCACCCAAACAAUGAAUCAUCCAAAAAAUAGUUCAUCGUCAUCGUCGACAUUAUCGAUUUACAAAAGUGAUAUCAGUACAAAUUCAAGUAUACCAUCAACAAAAUUGUACACAUCCGUACCAACAUCGUCAACACAAUCAUUAGCAACAACAAUUGAACCAAGUCCACCCGAAAGUGGAUCGCACAUUUGACAUUUUGUUAAUGGUGCAAUUAGCUGAAAUAAUUUAAUUGAAUUGGGAUUUGGCGUAGUGGAUCAUGUGUGCAACAUAAUUGGAUACAAUAAUAGCGGAAAUAAUAUUAAUAAUAAUGCGAACCAGAAUCAGGACCAGGAUGAUAAUAAAAUUGAUGAUGGCGAUAGAGAUAAAACUGAUACGGAUAACAUUUCAUGUUGAUGUUUCAUUUGACUGAGUUAACCUUUCCGAAACGGUUAAUCGUCGUCUGAUUAUAAUACAGUUUUGGGUUCUGUUACAUUGAGACCGAAAUGAAUAGUAAAAAUGAUUUUGUAUCAAAACACUUGGCGAUACGUGAAGCAGAAUUUUGAUGAUUGAUCGUGAUACGUUAGCCGUUUCUAAAAGGUUAAAUUUUAAAGUAAUUCAUUUAAUUAAAAAUUAAAAGAAAAUAAGGAGGAGAUGAAGAUAAAUAUUAUAUUAAAACUAAAACAAAAAAAAAAAGAAAAUAAGAAAAAUAAAACGUGCAACUGCAUAGUGCAACAAGUAUAAUUUAAUUAUUUGUAUAAACAAAACAUAAAAAAUUAAAAUUAAAAAUUUAAAAAAAAUAUUAAUAAUUAAUGAUAAAUUAGUCAAUUUAUAUUCUUGUUAAGUAAAUUUAAUUACAAAGAAUAAUAAACUAAUCAAAUAAAGAAGAAAGAAAAGUAAAUAAAAAAUAAAUAAAAAAAUAAAAAUGAAAAAGAAUUAGAACAAAUCGCCUGGCCGGAAUGUGUAAUCCUAUAAUAAUAAAGUAAAAAGUAUAGCAAAAACAUUAAAAAAAAACAGAAGAAGAAAAUCUAUAAAAUUUGAAGCAAGAAGAAAAAUUUUUCCCUAAAAAUUUCCAAAAAUAAAAUCUGUUACAACCUCUCUGACAUUGUGUUAAAGUUGUUCAUGCAAAUCAACCCACACAGAGACUAAAAAUGUUCAUUUUUGUUUUAUAAAAAAAGGAUAAAAAAUAGAAACAAAAAAACUUCUUACACUUGCACGCAAUUUGAUAAUAGAUUUAAUAAGACAAUUUUACAGUAAAAACGAAAUUGACAUUAUUUUCAAAAUCGAAUUUGUGAUAAUUAAAUGCUAAUAAAAGGAAAUUAAUUAAUUAAAAAAAGAGAAGAAGAAACAAGAAUAAAAAAAAAACAAUAUUUUAAGAAUGGAGUAGUAAUUGUAUUUGAUAUUACAUGCUACCAGUGAUCUGCCAUAAAUAUGAAGCGCAUAAUAUGAAGAAAAAAUGAAAUAAAAUUGCAAAAAGUGCUCAUCAUUAUGUGUAAUUAAAUGCCGUAGCGAGUAUUGUAUGAUUAUAACAAAAGUUCACAGGUCAGUACAAUACAUUUUUCUUUUUCUUUACUCAAUUCGUCUGUCCCUGCAUUUUACGCCUAAUAAGAUCAUCGAUUCAAUCGAAUAUGUCUGGAAGACUAGCCGUAUAAAGUAUCAGUCUGAAAUUGUUGGCCUUUCAACGACGAACAAUUUCUUAUUAUCGAUAGCAACGACAAAAAUAAGCAAUGAUCUACUACUUAUUUGGUCUAAUAAUAGACGAAUAAAUGAAGUUGUAUAAAACAUUGACUCGAUACUUUAAACAAAUGAAGUAGAAGAUGUAAUAAUUAUCACGCAAUUUACCUGCCGUUUCUAAAAGGUUAAAAUGUAGACAUGCUGGACGAAUGUUAGUCGAUAGUAAUUUGAUCUUUCAAAGUGAAAACUUUUUAUUUACUGGGGAGCAAGGGAUUAUGUCAUUUUUGCAUGUCGAUAUUUACUUCUCCUGAGUGUUCUUUCCAUGUUGAAAUGCUAGUAGCACGUACUAUUUCGAAAUUAUAUUUUUCAAUAUUCAUGGUUGAACGUGACUGAUUUACAUUUUCUUGGUAAACAAAUAUUGUUUAGUAAUUACUGCGCGGAUGUCAACUUGAAUUCAAGUGAAUAAACAUUCGACCUCGCCUCGGAGAUAACCGAAACCCUUCACUUAAAUAAUAGUUUUACCAGCUGAAACGGUCCCAUUGAAUAAAACAUAAAGUUUGGAUUUUGUUUUUAAAUUAUUUUGUCAUCGAUUGUUAAGUCAUCCACCACUAAACCGAUUUCGAUUGCAUCGAUUAAAGCAAUUAUGAUGCAUAUGAAAAUGUCGGAUGGACCAUGAGAUAUCGAUUGGUGAUUUUGCAUUAAGAAUAUGCCACUUCAGUUGUAGUUUCCAAAUGGCGCUACGAAAAUGUUGUUUAUUGUUCGCAUGUUUAAUGAUAAUUUGCAUUUCGUUUUUUUUUAUGAGUAGCAAUACAAAUAAAAAUUAAAUUUAAAAAAUUGUGCAAUUAAGCUCUGGAAAGUUUUUUUUUACCAUCGAAUCUGACUCAAAUUAAUGGACAAUAAAACAAGGAAAUUCCAAGUUUUACCAUGAAAACAGCAACAACGGCAAUAAUAAUAUAUUGAUAUGCAGUUGACAUUGAUUUUGUGUUAUGGUAAAUAAACCAAUUAAAAUUUUUAAAUGAAUAAGCAGAAUAUUUUUUUUUGUUUGUCUACUCAAGUUUAUUGAAGAAAGAAAGGAAAAAAAACUCGAAUUAUUACAAGUUGUCGAAUUUAUUGACCUGUGAAUUAUCAGCCAAAAAAUAUUGUACCGUCACCGUUACAACUGUUGUUGUCGAAUAAAUUGUGCAUUUAAUUAAUGGUUAAAAAAUGUGUGUCCAUCAGAGAAAAAUUAUUGUAACAGGCGUAUCGCAUGCCAAUCUGACAAAAACCGAUAACGAGUGUGUAUGACAUAAAUUCAGCAAACAAAAUCAAAUUAAUAAUAAAAAAAGAAGGAAAGAACGAAGAAGCAAAAAAACGCGAUUUCUGUAUACGUGAUGAUAUGGAGGCGAGUUUUUUUUGCACUUGCUUAGCAUGUCUAUUUUCAAAACAAUUCUAAAAUAAUAAUAACAUCAAUGUGUCCGAUAACUUCUCCGUGUUUUUACUAUCUAUAAUUGACUUGGUAUAUAAGACGCAAAAAAAAACGUUCACUUACAAAGUUGUCUGUUAAAGUCUGAAUCGAAAAUAGUAUUUAUGAAUGAAUGUCAGAGAAGGCAAUGGUGAAGGACAAGGGUCAAACGAAACGAAAUAAUCAAAAUUGAGUUCAGCCCGAUUUUUUUUCCAGUCAAUACCUUCAUGCCUUGUUAAUGUUGUCAAAUGAAUUUUCGGAUAAAUGGCCGCAAGAUUCUUACAUUUCAUGCGGCGAUUCCAAAUCCGAUAUUAUCACUCCAUCAACAUCUUUUACUGCUAAUUCACUAAUGUUUGAGACCAUAAUGUGCGUCAUACUUAAGUUGGCUUAAUACGAAUAGAGCUUUGAAACCGUUUGAAAUGCAUUUUCUUCGGAAGGAAAAGAUUUGCUUUAGAACUAUCUCUACUUGGACGUAGUUCGUCCGUUUCGUCCACCGAGGAUACAUUUACACUGUCACCAUAUCUGUACAUUUUUCUUCAUCUUGCAAUCGAAACGAAAUUUCGUUUCUACGACGGAACAACACUUAAUAAAAAUUAAUUUCCUUUUAUUUAGCCAAAGAAGACUGAAGUGUAAAAUACUCGGCUAAAU